UACAUGUGUGUGAAUACGUUACUACAUUGCACGUUUUUUAUAAAGUAUCCAUACAGAUCACUUUCUUCUGUGUACUGAAUACUGGUGGUUAACGUAUGAUUCUCUACGUUGAAAACAAUGUUGAGAAUUCUGAAGAAUUUGUCGGUAUUAGGAUUUGAAAUUUUUUAUAUUCAUUAAAACGUAACAAAAUGGGAAGUUAUGCGAGCAGAAUUGCGUCAAUGUCAAACAAUGCAGUGCAUUCAGUAUACCGUGGACGUAAACGAAAGUGUAUUGAGGAAGAUGAUUUUGAUUCUGAAUCGGAUUACAUCGACCGCACGCUUCAAACACCGAAAAAAAGAAAGUUGCUUACAACAGCACAGUACAUAUAUAAAACUUUAUUUCAAGAGGAGAAAGGAAGUGACAUAACUGUACUUAUGUUGGGAAAAGCAUGGAGAUUACAUAAAGUUUAUAUCAGUCAGAGCCCAUAUUUUGCAAGUAUGUUUUCUGGAUCUUGGAGGGAAGCAAACGAGACAGUUAUCAGUGUAGAAAUUGCUGAUCCUAACAUUACAUUAGACUCUCUUUUAACUGUCUUUGGUUCCUUUUAUCAAGAUGAAGUCAGUUUGGAACCAAAAGAUGUUAUAUCAAUUUUAGCUACUUCCACAUUAUUCCAAUUACAAGGAUUAAUUGAUCAAUGCACUGACAUUAUGGUAGAAACAACAAAUAUAAAAACAGUUGUCCCUUAUUACAAUGCUGCUGUGUCUUAUGGUGUACCAGUUGUGAAAACUGCAGCAAAACGAUGGUUAGAAGUUAAUCUUUUGGGAUAUGGGUGGUUACACCCAACAUUUUUAAAAGAAAUUACACCUGAUUUGAUGGCUGAGUUAAUUGCUAGUCCUGAUUUAAUUGCUAUGCAAACAGAAUUUUGCAUAUACAUGAUGCUGCGCGUCUGGUUGUUUGUUCAUGUGCACAAUAAAGAAGAAACACUUCAAAUUGAUGAGUACUUUAGAAACCAUAAGUGGACAAAACCUUUUCUUACAACUGAGGAAGGAAAAGAAUUUGCAGCCCCUUUCAAAGCAUUGAGGAUGAAGUAUCUUUUGUUACACGAUCAAGAUGUGAAAAUUUUAUAUAGCGACAAUUUAAUACCACACGAAUGGUUACACAAUGCGUAUAAAGAGCAAUGGUUACAUUUACUAAGAAUAGAUGCAAAUAAAGAUCGAGGACCGAAACAAAUGAGUGAAGAAGAAUUUGCUCGUGAAUGUUUUCGUUGUGGAAGAUGUAUCGAGAAGGCUGGUGAACAUAUUUGGAGAUGGACAGCAUUUCAUUUUGGUUUAGACUUGGUGGUAUGUUUAGAUAGUACCACUUUAAGAAUUAAAAGGAAUCAUAGACUAGACACAGACCACAUCAAGGCCAACCACAGCAAGCACAACAUAAUUUUAAAAAUAUGUUUAAUUUCAUUGGAUGAACAACGUCAAGUGAAACUUAUUCAGAGUUCAGGUAUGCUUAGGUUAUCUCUUCAUAAAACGAGGAAGUAAAAACAAGUGAUGUCUCUGGAUAAACAACUCACUUAUCCUUUAUAUAUAUCGGUAAACAUGCAAGUGGUCACACCGUUUAUAUCAACCGAAGAGGAAAAAUCAGCUGUAUAGUCAUAUUUCUGAUACUUAGCACACUAAAAGUUUAACAUUUUCUAAACUUUCAAACUGAAUCCCAAUGAUAUACGCUUAUUUCAGAUAAUGACUCGAUUGUUCCAAUUAAUAGUUCACUUCGUCUAAGCAUUCUAAAUUAACGCUCCUUAUUAAUGCAGAUAAUAGAAUUUUUCACGCAAAUUUUGUUACUCUUGGAGAUAUCAAUUUCUAAUUAAAACUUUUAUAAAGUUCACAGCUUCUAGUCGACUAAACGAAAUCGUAACAUUAUACGAUGAGAGAAAUUUUAUUUUAUUAUUACUCAUCGAGUACUAUAAGUCACAGAUUUAUUAUUUUUUGUAACAUAAACUCACAUUUAUUUCUCACAGAAUAAUAUUAACAUUUACUGUAAAUCCAUGAGUUAAUUGAACAUGAAUAAUUGAACAUUAAACUUUCUAAAUAAUAGAGUGUCAUACAAAAGCAUCACAGUAUUAAAACCAUUUACUUUCACAUUAUUGUUAAUAUUCAUAACGAUGAAUCUAAUAAGAAAUUAGACUAACGUUUAUCUUUGUACAGUCAGAAGAAAAUGUGAUUGUAGUUGAAUUCAGAGACACGCUGAUCGAGUGCUUCCGUGUCUUCCGGCCAGCCAUCGAAACGUCGACCCUCGUGCCUUGUGAAUAUCAAUAUCGAAAAACGAAAAAUAUUACAUUGUAAACAAGUCCAGAUAUGUUUUCUACUGUUAAACAUUAGAAAUUUUUAUACAGAAUUUUUAAUUUUAGAAAUGUCUAUUGCUUUAAUAAAUAACCGUUUCAAAUUGAAACGACACAUUACUAACGUUCCUUUGAUUCUAUAAUCUAUAAUCUCAAUCUAUUUUAUACGGUGCUAUUGUCUAAUACGCGCGAAGUUUACGUUUUACUUACUAUAUAGAGAUUAUUACAUAAGAAGCUGCUUAGAUUAGCAAUUAAGAUUUUUCUCUACUUAAAUACGUGCUAUCAACUUUAACUACCUAUUCAACAAGUAUGUGUAAUAUUUGUAGCAUUUAUAAUCAUUUCUUACCUUUGAUGAUUUUUACGUAUUUAUUAAAAAAUGACCAUCAAGUUCGGUAUCAUUUCUAUCAUGAACAUAUCAUUUUAUAUCUAUAGUGCGCAUCCUGGUAUAUUUUGAUGAUAAACGUAUCAGGCUCAUAAGCAUUUCCGUUCUCGUACUGAAUUAAUUAUAGACGAAGGUUAUAUGAAUCAAUGAUACAUCGCAAAAGAAAACAGCAUUUAUUUAUGUAUGUUCACUAACAUCAAAAUUAUUGAAUAACAAACCAAUUUAAUUGUAUAACUUUUGACAUAACGUUCUGGGAACAAUGUACUUUAUUCUGUAUGUAAUUAUAACAUCUGUAGGUCCAAUCUGAAUUGAAAUAUUUCUAUUUUCACAUUGUUUUCUUUUAAAUUACUGCUUAAUUUUUUUCUUCUUUUUGGUAACCAUUCAACUCUUUAUUGGCAGAAUAUUCUCUGUACAUGGUGAUCGAUGCGUACAAUGCAAUAUUAACAUUAGAUGACAAUAAAUAUCGUAAUAAACAGAAGGAGUUUUAAAAGUAAUCUCUUGAUGGCCGGGAUAAGUUGUUAAAUGUAUACGUAUCAAUGAUAUUUAAAUGUAAUAUUUUUUUCCCGUUUCUUUCUUCUUUUAUUCGAUAUGCUUGAAUAAGGGGGGAGAGGGGUGGCAGUGAUGCCAGUAGUUUUAUUUAAUUAAAAUAUGAUAGAUGAUUAUGAGCGAAUGAUAUGUAGAAGCGGAUUUUCUGUAAUUCGAAACGGGUACACGGAAAAGCAGUUUCGUUACAUUCCAUUUCCUGUUGGGCGCAACAAUUAGAAGGGAAGAGAGAUUAAAAAAGGUUUAUUGUUUGUCUUUAUUCUUUAGAUGUCACAGUUUCUAUCAUCAUUGUAAAUCAUAAUUACAUUUGUUUUUAACGAGAAAAAUGUUUCUUUCGCAAACUAAUUUAAUGGACGUCAUGCCACGUAAAGUAAAGUACAGAAUAAUUCUAGUUUUUCGAAAUCAAAUACUUUUAGAAUAACUAUACAUACAUACAAUUACAUCCUCGUGUUGUAUUUAAGCAAAAUAAAAAGUAAAAAGCUUCAAACGUUACUAGGCAUUCUUAAAUUGUCAUCUAAAGCAGCCAGUCGAUUAGCUAAAUUAAUCGAACGGAAUGUAACGAAAUAUUUUAUUUUUAUUAUCUUUUUUGUCUAUUAUCUUCGUUCUUUAUUCGACUACUUAUCUCCACGCUUUUUAAUUUGAACAGAAAUUCUUCUUACUACGUUCGAUGGAACGAAGAGGCUGAAUCCAACAUAUUUAGAAUUAUGAAGUGUGAAAGCUUUUAACUGAACGUAUACCAGAUAGAUUAGAAGAUUACAAACUCCAUGUUUUCUCAUGUGCUCAUCCGCAGUUCGAAAGGAAACGAAUUUUAAAUCGUGACCAUUAUUCUUCCACCUUGCAAGAUGUCAAAACGUUUACCAUCGUUCCUCAUCCCUUUCAUUGCGAUCAUCGAUCUUAUUUUAAUCAAUAAUUACAUAAUAACAACAAUAAUAUAUUAACAAUAAUGAUGAUGAUGAUUAUGUUGAUUACUUCAGUAACGUUAAUGGUAGCAGCAGUUUGAUAACCAUUGUACUGAGAGUAAUGAUAAUAAUUGCAAUUACAAUGGUGGUGUAACGAUGGCGAUGACGAUGACACGGGUGACAACAUCGGCAGCAACAAUUAACUUAAGUACUUACUGCGGUGAGACAUGUAUUCGCCUUAUUUUUUGUUUGUUAGUAAGCGUUCUACUUUACCCUCUACUUUCUCCAUCAACGAUUCUACAUCGUUACGAUUUCAUUUACGACUCUUAGAUUUUUUUUUUUCGUAUCAUUUUUGUUAUUUUUUUUUUGUUAUUUGUUAGUUUUACUGUUAUAUCUUUAGUUGGCUACGGUCAACAGAGUAGCAACAUAAGAUUCUUGAGGCUUUCACGGCCAGGAUUGUUAAGAUGAUAC